CUGAAAGAUGACUGUAUUGCAGGGUGAUGAUAGAUUAUCGUAUCAUUUUGUAUAUACGUUGUCAAAUAAAUCAUGUCUGAUGAUGAUGAGCCUGAUAUGCACCUUUCAACUAGCAUAUCUAGUGCAGUGCAAACAAUCGCUCUAUCAAUGGCUGAUGUGCCACCUGCUGCAAUAUAAUAGAUUCCCCUAUAUUAUAAUACACAACUACUCUGUCUGCCGCUUACCUGGAAGAACAUUGAACUGUGAUUGCGCUGUUGUGAUAAAUUUGGAGACUGUAAAAUGCGGAAUAGUACAGUGCCUUGGUUUCAUGAACGAUCGAAUUUUGAAGAUCAAGGAAUUGCCAGUGAAAAAAACAGCAAUUAACAUUGACACGUCACAGGUAUUUUUUCCUAACGAGAUUUGGGUGGUUCGACCAGCUUGGGAAGUCACCAUCAAAGUAGUGACCCUCAUCCCCAUCGUGCUUUUGGGACUGCUAGGCAAUAGCAGUCUGGCAUAUAUUAUUAUACGAACACGGUCUUUGCAUACAACAACGAAUCUUUAUAUUGCAAACAUGGCAUUAGCUGAUUUGGGAGCAUUAUUAUUCUGCCCGUGGAUGCUUCUUUCAGUUGACCUGUUCCAAAAUUACAUCUUUGGAACUAUAGGUUGUCAUAUGGAUGGAUUCCUAACACAUUCACUAACACUGGUUACUGUGUUCAGUUUAAGUAUUGUGAGCUAUGACCGGGUAUCUGUUAUCGUGCUAAGCUGUUAUGGAAAGCUAUCUAAAAGGGUAGUUUGUAUAUUAGCGGGUGCUACUUGGGUAACAGGACUGGCUAUUGCAGCACCCUUAGCAUUUGUUCGUGAUUACAGAACAAGACAGUGGGUUGAUUUCUUGGAAUCUUAUUGUACUGAAAACCACUUAUAUUUUAUACCCUAUUGGGAUAUUUUUGUCGGUGUUAGUGUAUGGGCUCCACUGGCUAUUAUGGCUGUAUGCUAUUCUGCUAUUCUCAUUAAACUGGGUAGACAUGAAAAACUUGUUACGAAGAGCAACAAUCCAAUUCCAGUCAAGUACAGAAGUAGAGUAUCGCGAAUAUUAGCUCUAGUAGUAUUGGUAUUCGUAAUAUGCAGAGUACCAUUUACAGUUCUUGUUCUACAACGGGCACAACUCUUGCAGCAGCCGGCCAAGCAGCAUCAAGCAGAUGCAAUUUAUGAGUUAUGGUACGUCAGUCGCUAUUUAGUGAUUCUCAAUGCUGCAGUAAAUCCCGUAUUAUAUGGUUGCACAAGUGGAUCAUUGAGGAAAGCCCUAGCUUCAUUUUCAGGUACAGCUUGGAUAUUCCGUAUCAAAAAAAUUAAAGGUGUGCAGAAAUCUACUGUUCUCCAAAAUACACCUGAUCCAGUUGGAAUUUUAGAACCUUAUGCUCUUUGCUCACAACCAGAUCAUAAUCAGAGCCAUGAACAGCAAGCACUUCCCAAUAUUUCGUCGAAAAUUAGUGCGCUCUCCUAUGAUGCGAUAUACGUAUAGGUAUCUCUCCUGGGCCUGAGUUUAAUUAUAGAAAAACAUAGCUUGAUUGUACUGGCACCAGAAAAAAAAAAGAAAGAAACAAGAAGAAAGAUGAUUUAGAAUAAAUAGAAUGAUACCGUUUUAAAUAUUAA